GAGACCUACGUGAAGCCCAUGUCCAGGCAGCAGGCCCUGAACUCCCGCGAUGCCCUGGCCAAGCACAUCUAUGGGCAGCUCUUCAAGUGGAUCGUGGGCAGGAUCAACAAAGCCCUGCGGGCAUCCUGCAGGCAGCAGGCCUCCAUCGGCAUCCUGGACAUCUACGGGUUCGAGAUGUUCACAGUCAACAGCUUCGAGCAGUUCUGCAUCAACUACGCCAACGAGAAGCUGCAGCAGCACUUCAACCUGCACGUCUUUAAGCUGGAGCAGGAGGAAUACAUGAAGGAGGAGAUCCCCUGGACCUUCAUCGACUUCUACGACAACCAGCCUUGCAUCAACCUCAUCGAGGCCAAGCUGGGCGUUCUGGACCUGCUGAAUGAGGAGUGCAAG